ACCCAUCGAAUGAACUGUCCCACUUCCCAUGAUUUGCUUCAUGUCUCUCGUGUCUCCCCUGCUUAAUUUGGAGCAUAAUGACCAAAGAAAUUCCGGGCCUUGUAUUUUCACUAAUGGCUAUACUCUCUCCGCCACUCUCUCUCUGUUUCCGUGUCAGACUUUUCUUGUGCUGCUCUCGCGAAUCGUGUAAGCCCCACUGCUAGAUACCCACCUCCCUCUUUAUCCUUGCGACCCUUUGGUUUGUUCCCUUCUUGCAAUGGAGUCCUCUACGAUCAUGGCUAGUAGAGCGACCACUUCCUCUGUUUUCUCCUUUUGUUCAAACCCAAAUUCUAAGAGUACCCAUGUGAAAUUUCUUGCUCAAAAACCUCCCAUACCGUUCUUCGAGACCCAUAAAUGCAUUCAAUCACUAAAACCCAAUACCCAAAAUCUCAGCUCUCGUUUCGCCUGCUCUGCUGCGACCCUUUCGCCGUCUUCUACCACUGAGCUUGUUCCCUUUAAGCUUCAUCGCUUGAUUGAGGAAUUCGAGUCAAUAUCCGAGCCGGUCGAUAGAGUGAAACGGUUGCUACGUUAUGCGAGUCUUCUCCCUCCUUACGGUGCGAGAAAUGACUCGAAUCGGGUCAUGGGGUGUACGGCGCAGGUGUGGUUGGAAGUUAGGAUUGAUCAAGAGGGCAAGAUGAGGUUCGCUGCUGAUAGUGAUUCGGAAAUCUCUAAAGGGUUUUGCUCGUGUUUGAUUUCGGUGCUUGAUGGUGCGUUGCCAGAGGAUGUUCUUAGGUUGAAGACGGAGGAUUUGGUGGCUCUGAAUGUGGGGUUGCCGGUUCGAGAGCGAUCGAGAGUAAAUACUUGGUAUAAUGUUUUGAUUAGUAUGCAAAAGAGAACUAAGGGUUUGAUUGCGGAGCUUGAAGGGAAAUUGCCAUUUGAGGCGUUUCCAUCUCUGGUUGUGAGUGCUGAUGGAAUUCAUGCUAAAGGAAGCUAUGCUGAAGCUCAGGCAAGAUAUUUGUUUCCAAAUGAUUCUACGGUGAAAGAACUUGUUAAAGUUCUAAAGGAGAAGAAAAUUGGUGUUGUUGCACACUUUUACAUGGAUCCUGAAGUUCAAGGAGUCUUAACUGCUGCCCGGAAGGAAUGGCCUCACAUUUAUAUAUCUGAUUCAUUGGUAAUGGCAGAUAUGGCUGUCAAGAUGGCCAAAGAUGGAUGCCAAUUUGUAACAGUACUUGGAGUCGACUUCAUGUCGGAAAAUGUGCGUGCAAUUCUUGAUCAAGCUGGCUUUGGAGAGGUAGGUGUGUACAGGAUGUCUGAUGAACAAAUCAGUUGCUCCUUGGCUGAUGCUGCUGCUACUCCUUCUUAUAUGAACUAUCUUGAAAUGGCUUCAAGGGAGGCUCCCUCCCUGCAUGUUAUCUACAUAAAUACAUCAUUAGAAACUAAAGCCUAUGCUCAUGAGCUUGUGCCUACGAUCACGUGUACUUCUUCUAAUGUCAUGCAAACAAUUUUGCAGGCUUUUGCUCAAGUACCAGAAUUAAAUGUUUGGUAUGGACCUGAUUCCUACAUGGGUGCAAAUAUUGUAGAACUUUUGCAGCAGAUGACCAAGAUGACAGAUGAUGAAAUUGCAAAGAUUCAUCCAAAUCAUAGUAGGGACUCAAUUAGAUCGUUGCUCCCUCGUCUGCACUACUAUCAGGAAGGUACGUGCAUUGUUCAUCAUCUUUUCGGGCACGAAGUUGUGGAGAAGAUAAAUGAAAUGUACUGUGACGCCUUCCUUACUGCUCACUUUGAAGUUCCUGGAGAAAUGUUUGCCUUAGCAAUGGAGGCAAAAAGAAGAGGAAUGGGAAUUGUAGGUUCCACCCAGAACAUAUUAGACUUCAUAAUACAAAGGGUGCAAGAAGCUUUAGACAGAAAUGUUAAUGAACAUCUACAAUUUGUGUUGGGAACAGAAUCUGGAAUGAUAACUUCAAUUGUUGCAGCUGUUCGUAAUUUAUUAAGUUCUUCAAAAACCACUUCUGGAGGAGCAAAGAUCAAUGUAGAGAUUGUCUUUCCUGUGUCGUCGGAUUCAGUGACAAGCACGUCAUCAAGUUCGUCCCCAGGCCGAAAAUCGGUUGCGCUUGGUGAGAUCAAUUUGCCUGUAGUACCUGGAGUUUCGAGUGGGGAGGGAUGUUCCAUUCAUGGUGGCUGUGCAUCUUGUCCAUACAUGAAGAUGAACUCUCUUAGCUCUCUUAUGAAAGUUUGUCAAGAGCUACCCCAUAACAAAACUGCUAUCUCAGCUUAUGAAGCCAAGAGAUUCAAACUGCACACAGUAACUGGAAAAUCAGUUGCAGAUAUUGGAUGCGAACCAAUUUUGCACAUGAGAGAUUUCCAGGCUGCAAAACAGCUGCCGGAGAAACUUGUUCAUCAGAUCAUGAACCGGUAAUAUCAAUGGGGACAGUUUCAGCAAGUCAAUCGGCUGCUGUUGUCCAAGGAUGAUUGUCUCUUGUGAGCCAAGUUUUCCCAUUAGUUUGUUUUAUUCGACUUUUGAAUUGUAUAUUCCUUUAACUUUAGGCUCAAGUUGAGCUCGAAAAUUUGGGUCGUGCCAAUAUAUAUAAUUAUUAUUUCACAAUCGCACA